CAGAGUGCAUACUUAUGUUUAACGUUAUUAAUAUUAAUACAUUAUAAAGAAUUUCGAAUAAAUUUCUACUGAUAUCAUGGGCACAUACGAUCUUAAGUGUUAUGAGAAAUAGGUUAGAAAAACAUUUCAGUGCUUCGUGAUUUUCGUGUCUAUAGAUUUUUGUAUUAUUUUAUGCGUAUCAUAAUGUUAAUUCCGAUGAUUAGGAAGAAUGUAUCAUGUAAUCUGCGACGAAUUGUCGCAUGUGUCACGUAUAGAAACAAAAUGCAUACGAAAAUCGUACGACAGUACAACAAGACGAAUUUGCUGUCUAGCUCGACCUCAAAUGUCGUAGCUUUUAGAAUUUACUGCACCGAAUCAGAUUCUGAACCACACGUUUCUUUGCCUAUGCUUGUGACUAAUGUCAAACCGUUCAAACCAUCUUUUUUCAUGCCGUUACGUCUUUUUUUCUUUACUCUUAAAAGUUCACAGAUAGAUAAAGAGUUUUCUAUAUUCGAAGCUGUCUACGGAAUCAAAUACGCAGUAACAGUAAUAUCUAAGGCUUUAGCAAAUGAAAACUAUGAUUCCUUGGAAGGUCUUGUAGCAGAAGAUAUGAUAGAAGUUUUAAGAACAAAAAUCGAGACCCUCAGACCUGAGCAAAGAUGGUUGAUUGCAGUAAAUGAAGAAGAUAUUGCAUUUCAUAUUAUAUCUGAUAUCUCAGCUGAGACAGAUGAGGACCAUUCCAUUCAAAUUAAAAUGCUCAUCCAUUACAUCCCAGGUAUGGCCACGCAAAAGAAGCCAGAAUCAGCUUUUACAUUCACAGAUUCUAAAAUUAGAAAUAUGUUAACAUGUAAUUAUAUUUUUACCCGUAAAUAUGUAAAUAAUGUUGGUGGUUCAUGGAUUGCGACUUUUGUAAAUCAUUAUAGUCUUAUUAAUGUCUUAUAGUAGUUUUGUCAAUAUAUUUGCA